AUGGGCGCCGUCCUCUCCCUCCCGUACUUCCGCCUCGGGCGGCUGCGGCGCGCCUCCCCCGCCGUGCUGCCGCCGAGCCCGGCGCAGAGCCAGCGCACGCUCGUGAUCUCGCACCCGCGUCCGCUGGCCGCUGCGAGCCUCGCCGCGUCCGCAGCGAGCCCCGACACGCUGCUUCGCUCCACGUCAAGCGUACGGCGCGCGCGCCCGCGCACACCGAGUCGCCGCGCAAGCGCGCGCUUCAAAGCGUACCCGUACGACCGGGACGCGCGCCACCACCCCGAGCGGCAGCUCUCGCUCCGCAGCGCAGGCUCGCGCGCGGGCCGCGGCGAGAGACGGCCCCGGCCGCGCUCGUACCCCCCUUUGCUGGGUGACGGGUUGCCGCGCCUGCGCGAGGAGCCGGCCGCGAGCCUCGGGCUGCACCUGUUCGACGACGAUGACGACGACGACGGCGGCGACGACGACAAGCGGCCAAGCAGCGACGAGAGCCACGAGAGCGCGACCGUGUCGACGACGACAGCGACGACCCUCUCGGCCCUCGAGUUCCUCGCUGGCCCGGCCUUGUGCACCACCGCUGCCGCGCUCGACCCCCUCAAUUCUGCCCCGCGGAAGAAGAAGAAGCGUCGCGCAGUGCUCACCAAACACCGCACGAUCGAGGGCGGGUGGGACUGGGUGCGUGCAGAGGAUCUCUCGGGCUGGAGCUCGGCUUGA